AUGGCGAUGAUGAUGACUAGCCGUGUGCUGCUGGUGUGUGCUCUCUGCGUGCUGUGGUGUGUUGCGGCCGAUGGAGCUGUUGGUGUGGUUUCUGGUGGGGACGACAACAGUCUGAAAGAAUUAUUUAUUCCAGUUGCGAGAUUGCAGGAAAGACAAGAACAAAGAGCAACAGGAGCAACAGCUGACGCAAAGGCAGCAGCAGAAGCAGCAGAAACAGCAGUCGCAAAAGCAACAGCAGCAAAAGUAGCAGCGGAAGCAGCAGCAAAGGCAAAAGCAGCAGCAACAGAAACGGCAUCAAAAGCAAAAGCAGCAGCAGAGGCAGCAGCAGAGGCAGCAGCAAAAGCAAAAACAUCAGCAGAAACAGAUGAAACAGCAGCGAAAAAAGUAACAGUAGCAGCGGAAGCAGAAGCAAAAGCAGCAGCAGCAUCAGAAGCAGCAAAAGCAGCAGCCACACAAGCAACAGCAACAGCGGAAGCAGCAACAAAGGCAAAAGCAGCAGCAGAAAAAGCAGCAAAAGAAGCAGCAACAGCGGCAGCAGCAGAAGCAGUAACAGCAACAGCAGCAGCAGAAGCAGCAGCAGAAGCAGUAACAGCAACAGCAGCAGCAGAAGCAGCAGCAGCAGUGGCAGCAGCAGCGACACAAGAAGCAGCAAAAGCAACAACAAAAGCAGCAGAAGCAGCAAAAGCAGCAGCAGAAGCAGCAAAAGAGGAAGCAGAAAAAGCAAAAAAAGAAGCAGAAAAGGCAGCAGAAGAAGCAAAAGCAAAAGCAGCAACAGCAGCAACAGCAGCAGCUGCGGCAGCAGCAGAAGCAGCAAAAGCAACAGAGGCAGCAAAAGAAGAAGCCGAAAAAGCAGCAGAAACAGCAGCAGCUGAAGCAGAGGCAGCAGAAGCAGAGGCAAAAGCAGCUGCAGAAGCGGCAAAAGCAGCAGAAGCAAAAGCAAAAGAGGCAGCUGAAAAAGCAGCAGCAGCAGCGGAAUCACUGCGAGUUACAACAGUCGGAGAAGAAGCAAAAACAGCAACACAUGAUCAGGAUAAUUCAGUCGAACACCAUUCUGAAGAAAAACAAGAGCUUCUACAAGAACAAGAACCGGAACGACAAGAAAAAGAACAGCAUGAAAAGCAGCAACACCAACAGCGUGAACAUUCCGCAGGAAAUGGCGAAGAAUCCCCGAAAGAAAAAACUGCUAAUGGUACAAAUGCAACUGCAAUUAAGGAUGACAGUGACGGCAGCACCGCGGUCUCCCACACCACCUCCCUUCUUUUGCUUCUUCUUCUUGUUGCGUGUGCGGCUGCUGCUGCGGUGGUGGCCGCGUGA